ACAGUCGCCUCGGCUCCUGCCUCCGUCAGUAGCGAAGGUAACUCCGUGCGUAAAGCUCCUGGACACCACAAGGACGCCGCGCAGUUUCAACCCUCACUUCUCUGAAGAAAACCACUCCUCGUAACAACCGGAGAACACUCGCUGAUUCAAAGCUGUUUGAUUAUUUUUAAUUUGAAGUUUUUUUAUUUUUUGGCUCUCACCAGUGCGUCCCCCCCUCCCUCCCCGUACCGAUGCCUCGCACCCGAGCCGCUGCAGCGACUCCUCGGUUAAUUUACAGAGUAUACAAUGUGCAGCGCAAAUGAAGGAUACAGUGGGAGCUAACUGUGGACGCUCUUGGAUUUAACAGCCGGCGCCUGGAAAAACCAAGAUUCACUCAAACUUAUGGCGUGAAGGGCCUGUUCUUGGCCUUCGUCACUCACAGCUAAUGGAUGUCUUUACCCAGUAUGCCUACAACGACAGUUUCUUUGAUAACGGAACAUGGGGCCUCAACGAAACAGCUCAAGAGCACAAGCACCCCUACAACUACUAUGCCAUGCUGCUCACCCUGCUCAUCUUCGUCAUCGUCUUCGGCAACGUGCUGGUGUGCAUGGCUGUGUCCAGAGAGAAGGCUCUGCAGACCACCACCAACUACCUGAUCGUCAGCCUGGCUGUCGCGGACCUCCUGGUGGCCACGCUGGUGAUGCCCUGGGUUGUCUACUUAGAGGUAGUGGGAGAGUGGCGCUUUAGCAAGAUCCACUGUGACAUCUUUGUCACUCUCGAUGUGAUGAUGUGUACAGCCAGCAUCCUCAAUCUCUGUGCCAUCAGCAUUGAUCGUUACACAGCAGUUGCGAUGCCAAUGCUUUACAAUACUCGCUACAGUUCCAGGAGACGGGUCACAGUAAUGAUCUCUGUGGUGUGGGUACUGUCUUUUGCCAUAUCAUGUCCCCUAUUGUUUGGCUUAAACAACACAGCAACUCGCGACGAGUCUCUCUGUGUGAUCGCCAAUCCGGCCUUUGUGGUGUACUCUUCCAUCGUGUCCUUCUAUGUUCCCUUCAUCAUCACUCUGCUGGUUUAUGUGCAAAUUUAUGUGGUCCUGAGGAAGCGCAGGAAACGUGUAAACACAAAGCCAAAGCAGCGCGUCUGUCAGGCUGCCGACCCUGAUGUGGCCACUUCACUGAAGGAUAAGUGCACUCAUCCAGAGGAUGUGAGGUUGUGCACCAUGAUUGUUAAAUCUAAUGGGAGUUUUCCUGUCAACAAGAAGAAAGUGAUAUUCAUCAAAGAUGGGGUCAACGAAGGGGAAGAUCUCGAGCUGGAUGAGCUGAACAACAGUGGCAGCAGCCAGAAACAGAAGCAGCAGCCACAGUGUGCUCUCGGCGACACUCCGGCCACCAGCCACCAGCUAUUGAUGCCCAACAAGGCUAACGCUAGCCCCACCUCUAGUCCUCCCACGCCCCCCGAAGAGGGUCAGAAAGCGGAAAAGAACGGAGACCCUGCUAAGGGGGCCCUGGGGGAUUCAGCUCCCGUCGUGGCCAAAGCCUUCCAGACGCAGGCCUUACCUAAUGGGAAGACUCAGACCUCUGUAAAGACCUUGAGCAAGAGGAAGAUCUCCCAGCAGAAGGAGAAGAAGGCCACACAGAUGUUAGCCAUUGUCCUGGGUGUCUUCAUCAUAUGCUGGCUGCCAUUUUUCAUUACGCACAUCUUGAACACCCACUGCACAAAAUGCAAGGUCCCCGCCGAGAUGUAUAACGCUUUCACUUGGCUGGGCUACGUGAACAGCGCCGUAAAUCCCAUCAUAUACACCACCUUUAAUGUCGAGUUCAGAAAGGCAUUCAUUAAGAUCUUGCACUGCUGAACUGCGACAUGACUCGUCUGAUCAGACCGAGGAAGGAACGACGGAUGAAAGCGUCUCCUCUGGCAAAUACCUCAUCCUGUUAAGGGAAAAGCACCACAGGGGGAAUCUGCAAUCUGCUUUUUAACGUUACGGAGCUGAGUGACUGAUAAACUUGUCUUUUUUUGAAAGGCAUGUUGGCUCUAUAUGUGCAUUGUUUGUGGAGUCCCUGUUCUCCAAAUCACUGAAUGUAAAACAAGAAAUGUCUGUAACAAUGAGCUGUUUCAUGGAGAAAAAGAAAAACUGUAACGUUGUGCUCGAAAAAAGAAAUCAUUGUGCUUGUCACGUAAGGAGCCAUCUGUGUAUACCACACACAUACAACUGCUAUUUAUUGUGUGUGCUUUAUGUUUUGAUAAUGAAAAUACUCUACAAAUCCUAUAGAUAUCGAGUCAGUGUUCAUUGCAGUGUUAAAGCUGAUACGUGAGCUCUUAAUCUUAAAUCUAAACGCGCUCUCUCUCUCUCUCUCUCUCUCUCUCUCUCUCUCUCUCUCUCUCUCUCUCUCAUUUUAAAAUUACUGAUUGGAAUGUGUGUUCAAGAUGAGGCGAUUUUACUUGCUGUAUAAUGUGGCUAUGCCAAUAUCCACAUAUUUGCAAUUUUAUAAAUUGAGAAAAAAAAAUCAUAUAUUAUUGUUAAUGUUAUUAUUACUGUUAUUAUUUGCUGUAUAUAGUUUUCUUAACACAUUAACUGUGAUUAUAUGCCUGCAAUGAAAAUGUGAUGCAUGCUACACUGCUCCUCUACUUGACUUCUCAUGACGUGUAUGUUUAACAAAAAAAAAAAAAA